AUGGAGUACGGCCUGGCGGCGGUGCUGGCGUGCGCCGUCCAAGUGCAUCCCGAGCAGUGGAACAAUGCGAUUGUGGGGAGAGUGCUGCCCAGGGUCGUGGACAAGGGCUUCUCCGGCCGACCGGGGGCAGUGAAUCUUGCCGAAGAGAUCGUGCUCGAGUUUGUACACCUGUGCAGCGCCGAAGACACGAUAGCGGUGCUGCUGGAAGGCUCCAGGAACAAAAGGCCCAAGGUGCUGCCGCUCUGUGUCAGCUCCAUCUUGGCGUGCUUCAAGGCGUUCGGGCCGCGCACUGUGCCCGUGGCGGCCGUCAAGAAGGAGUUCGAGGCACUAUGUGAAUCAACGGUUAACAACGUUUGCCCCAACGCUGUCAAACUGAUGGGGGAAAGUUACGACCCGCCCAACAGACAUACCGAAUACAAAGCCAUGAUCAACGAGAUUCCCCAGGGCAAGCCGCCAGCCAAGGAGGCGCAGGAGGGCGUUCGACCCGGGGAGUUUGCGGACACGAUAAACCUUCUGGACUGUCUCCCCAAGACAGAAUUCAAAGCAAAGAUGGCGCUGUCCAAGUGGAGCGAAAAGGUGGACGCUCUCAAGAUUAUCUUGGACAUUGUCGGGUCGGUGCCCAAGCUCGAGACGGACGACUACAACGACUUGGCGCUCGACUUGUUCCAGCAGCAUGCGCUGUCAAUCCAUGCGAUGAUGGACGAAUUCAAGCUACAAAGUGCCGGCGUCUCAAGGCGGCGUUACCUUCGUCGAGCGCUGCAUCGCCAAGCACAAGAUCAACAUGUCGGACGCGGCGCUGAUGCGGACAAUUGGAGAAUGAUUGGGGAGUUCUUUGCCAGCAGCAUCCAAGACUCGGACCCGGGGCUUAAGAAGGCGGGCGUCGAGGCCAUGGUCACCCUCGUCACAUCGUCGCUGCAAGCCGGUCGCAUGGUCAAAGCUACGCUGGACUUACUCGAGAAACUCCAGCCGCGAAGUUUCAAUGUGAUCCAAGCGGCGAAUGGUACGUUUCAUUUCGACACUCCUAAGGACUGGGGGAAGCAACAGCGUAGCGGACCACCGCCGUCGUCCGUGCCGAAGCAACAAUCGAGUUCGGUGGCCAAACCAUCGAAGGCGACGCCCGUGUCGAAACGCGCCAAGAUGCCGUCCGCGCUCCCUUCAACAUCGCCAGCCAAGUUGUUGAAAAAGAAGCCACGAAAGCCACCGCCGUAA